AUGGCCAAGGGGCCUGCCGUAGUCGUAGUAGCCAGACAUGGGGCCCGCCUCGACGCCGCCGACAAGACAUGGCACCUCACUUCCCCAACCCCCUACGACCCUCCCCUGACCUAUGGCGGCUGGAUGCAAGGCAAGGCCCUGGGCCAGCGUAUCGCUGCCCUUCUCUACCAGCGGGACCACGAGCUUGCAGCGACAGCGGCAGCCAAGACCAAGACCGAUCCCUCACAACUCGGCCUCGACAAGCUGCACAUAUGCCCCGCCGAGCAUGGUCGAGGCCGUGGUGAGCAGCGCCCCAACAAGAAGAAGAAGAAGCGCAAGAUUGUCAUACACACGAGCCCCUUCCUCAGGUGCGUCCAGACGAGCACAGCCAUCGCCGCCGGAAUCACGCAAUACGAGUCGUUGCCUGCCACCACGCCCACACUCAAGACCCCCGCGCCACCGUCCAAGGACAGGAAGAGCCCUCUCGGCAACGGCAGCGCCAGCACCACCUCAUCAUCGCAAUCAAAAACAGAUCGAGCAAGCUCCCCUCGUGUCCAGCCGCUUUUCGACCCCAAUCUCGACAUCUCGUACAAGCCCCGCGCAGGACCAGACAAGAUACUACUGCGCGUAGAUGCCUUUCUCGGUGAAUGGCUCUCGCCAGACUACUAUGCCGACAUCACACCACCCCCCGCUUCGACCAUGAUGGUAGCAGGUGCAAAAGCAGGCCUGCUGCGCAGAGGAGACCAAAUUCUGGAAAUGGCUGCGAAUAGUACAAAGGGCCAUUUCCCGGGUGGCUGGGGUGGAAAAUCAGCAGUCUCCAACACCAAAGGGCCAAGCUCGCAAGCCAGUGGGAUGGGUACUGCCGCAGGGAGUCUGGCCCAGGCAUCCGCGUUCAGAGAGCGCUCAAGCAGUGAUGCUAGCACCCUUACACUACAGAGGUCAAGGUCAAGAGAAGCGGCAGGAUCCAUGUCUCCUGCAGCACACGUACCUGCACCGGGCCGCGCCUACGAGCCGCCUGCUCCGACGUACUCGGUCACUCCCUCGGAUCCCAUACCGCGCGGGUACGUUGCCCAUGCACAAGAUGCCUGUAUCCAGGUCGACUUCCAGUGGGACAGUAUGCGGCCACCGCAGGAUUGGGGCGACGGCGGCGAAUACGGUGACGAGUGGAGCACGAUGCACAAGCGAUUUCGCAGAGGCAUAUCUGGCAUGAUGGAAUGGUACCACGCUCAUGGCGCAGAGCCACCGAAAGAGCACGUUCCAGGCUUCAUGUUCAAGGUCCUGUCGAACAAGCCGUCACCGCCACCGCCAUCGCGUCCUGCAGCGGAUCCAUCUCUCAAGCUAGACAACAACGUGGAGGCCGAAGAGGACGAAGAGCUGGUGUUGAUUUUGGUGACACAUGGCGCAGGUUGCAAUGCGCUGCUCGGGGCCAUGUCGAACCAGCCUGUGCUCAUCGAUGUCGGCCUGGCUUCGUUGUCCAUGGCAGUGCGUAGGGAGACUCCUAUGAAGGCAGCGGUACCUACCCUGCAUGAACGCCGACUAUCGGUUGCAGACCCUGGCAUGGCAGAGACGUACGAGAUGAAGCUGCUUGCCUCCGUCGACCAUCUGCGGCCUGGCGUUGAUCCUGCAAAGCCUCCUCAAGCACAGCCACCGUCUCAGUCACCAGCCGUCGUCUCCAAUCCAUCACUCGACUCUCGUCGCAGGCUCACUGGCUUACCGGCAGCGAACAGCCCCAUCGACUCGCCCUUCUCCAUGGGCGAAUCCAACCGGAGCUGGAACAGUUCGCUCGGCAGCGUACGACGAACGACGAGCACAGGGUCGCGCUCCAUGUACACUUCGAGUUUCUCCACCGCCAGUGGAGCUGCGUCACCGUCCGGGCUAUGGUCUGGUGCCCGCACCCCGGUCCACGACACAGGCAGUGAUGGAAGUGCCAGUCCAGGCGCCGACUUCCUAAGCGGCUACCAUCAACACCAGCCCAAACCCAAACCCAGAUCAGCAGAAAAUGCAGCCAGUACUCCACCCAACCUCGACGGCUCCACCGACACGCUCGACCCGCAGACCAAGAUGGACGACAAGGAAGAGCGGGAGACGGGUGAUAUGAUUGCGCCGCUCGUCAAGGCUCAGGAUCGCAAGUCUGGCUCCGCUGCGACAGCGUCGGCCUCUGCAGGACUGGGUCUUUGGGGCGCGAAGGCGGCGCAGCCAAAAGCAGGACAGGGGCUUUGGGGACCGCCGAGGUUGGACGAUGUUUAUGAGCAUGGGCGGGGGCCGAAGAGGCGGUGGACGGUGACGGAGAGGGAGGAGCGGUCGUGA